CUAUUCUGACGCGAAUUACAACUCUUGUGAAGAAAGCGGCUGGACUUGAAGUCUAUUGCAAAUAAAUCGCGCAAAAUAAAAGUGAAAUUGAAUUUUCGAAAAUUGCUAUGCGAUUGCUACGCGGCUGCUCUAUUCGAAGGCGAAUUUUUGAAGCGAGGACAAAUUUGCUCCUAAGUUUAAAAUGUGCGAAUCCAGUAGGGCUUCCAUAGGCCAAAACCUGUCUUCAAUGAGUACCAUCCAUGGAGAACCUUCGCCUUACCCUACGAAGGAUCCAAAACAGUCUGAACGAAAAUGGACAGACAACUUUAAUUCUGAGCCAUUCCACAGUACACCAAAGUCGCUCUCCUACCCCACCCUGCUCCCUCAACACAGUGCAGAACCCUCCCCUUUGCACCCAGCUACCCCUAACAAGAGUUCACCCCUGGCUAGUGGGGCAGGCUAUGGCAGUGCCGAUAGGAAUGGGUUGGCACUGAAGAAGAGCAGCAGUCCAAGUUCUUUGUACAGCCCCCAGAGAAUGCAGUCUUCCCCUGGAGCAUUCCUGCAAAGCUCCCUAUCACCAAAGAAAAGUUAUACAUCAGACCUGGAAAACACGACCAUUCAGAAGCAGCGUCAGGAGCUCCAGCUACUGAUCCGUGAGCUCCAGGAUAGGGACAGGGAGCUCAAUGAGAUGGUGGCUUCCCAUCAGAGACAGCUCCUGGCUUGGGAGCAGGACAGACAAAAACUUCUCGGACUGGAGACUAAGUGUGCCAGAUAUGAAGGUGAGCUGAAGAACCGGCGCGAGUAUAUCAAGAGCUUGAAGACAAGGUUGAAGGUCCUAGGAUCUCAAGACCAAUCUAAAGCUUGUGCUCUGGAGACCAUGCAGGAACAACUUAGGCAGCUCUCGGAUACUGCUACAGCUAUCAAGCAACGGGCCAAAGAUGCAGAGGAGGACAAUGCCAAACUAAAGACUGCAGUACAUGUCCUAUCAGAGAAAGUGAACUAUUUUGAAGCAAGGGAACAAGAGCUGACCGCUGUUGUCAGGUUAAAGAAUAAAGAUCUUAUUGAUGCCUCUGCACACAUUGCUGAACUGAGCGGAAGACUGAAGAAACUGGACUUGGUACAUAAGGAAACUAAACAAGAAAAGGAGAAGGAGAAAAAGAAUGUGGUUGAACUUAAAACACAACUUGACGAGAGUUUCUCAGAAGUGGAACAACUCAAAUCUGAUCUGAUUGAAAGGGCAAACAGAAGCACUGAGCACAAGAUUGAGAUCACCAAACUCCAAGAACAACUAAAAAACAUGGAGGCUGAACUAGAACUCUCUGGAGAGAGAGAAAAGCGGAAGGAUCAGCUUCUGGAUCUGCAGCGCUCCAAACAGGACAGAACGGAUGCCGAGCUGACCUCACUCAGGCAGGCCUACGAGAGACAGCAUCGGGAACUCAGUCUGUUACAACUCAACAUAGAGAGUCAAAGAGACAGGGCAGAAGAAGCCAUUUCAAAGAUAUCACUGGAAACUGACACAAUCUUUGAUUCUAAGAAGACAACACCAACAAAGAACGGCCUUUCUGCAGCCUCCAUCAGCCCUGUGAAUGGGGAAAGCCCCUUUGUGAGUAGCGCAGGAGAAGGGGGCAUGGCUCUUAACCACAGCAGUGUAGAUACUGAAGAGCUACUUGAAGCAACUCACUCUGAGCAGCUUGGUAUGUCACCCACCAGCAAACUACACAGACUGCUGACAGAGUCCAGGCAGAUGGUAGAAAACCUGGAACAGUCUACACUACCUCCUUUCAUAGCCAACAGUAGCCCCAGCAGGGACCAGGUGAUCAUAUGGCCUCGGUGACAGAAAGAGAGAGAGAGAGAGAGGUAGACAAACAGAGUGUGAGGCGUAAAGAGAGAGAGAGAGAUGGUGUGAGAGCGAGAAAAAGAAAUGGACAAAAGAAGAGACAGAGAGAUAGACAGAUAGAGAGAGACACAGGGAGACAGAGAGAUACGGAGACGGAGGAGGAGGAUUAGAGGCUGUGGAAAUGGAAGCAGGAGGAGAAAAAUAUAUGGAGAUCGCAAGAGAAAAGAAGGCUAGGACUCUUAAAAGAAUAGGAGAGCACAGUCAAGCCGCAGCGCUCGCACAAUCGCUCGUAUUUAUACAAGUCGUAUGCACAAAACUUUCGUCGCUGCAUAUGUAAUGAGCAAUGACAGACCUGAAUUCGCAAUAGAAUAACUCUGGAAAGAAACAACACAUUUUCAUGAAAUCUUCGGGGUCAUGGAGAUAAAACAAUGAACUUUCAUUUGUCUAAAGAAAAAUCUUAGGUGAAUUUAAGAAAUACUUGAAAAUCUUAGAGAUUUAUCGGUGGAAAAUGUGUAUUGUUACUCGUUUACAAAACAUCCUGAAAAUUAAGUUCUUUAUACACGAUUCACCGAAAUAAUUGCUUCAGAGUCUCAAGAAACCUUCUUUCUAGUAAAAAGUACCAAAAAUGUAAUAUUCUACGAUCUAUACCAGUCAGGAGCUAGCAAAAUAUAACCAGUGUUCCAAAAGGCUGAAGGAAAAGUUGCUCGCCGUACGAACGCGAUGUUUUGAUCGGCAUCUCGCCGGGGGUUCCCCUGCAAUGCUUUACACGAGUUCCGUACACCUGCGAGCGAGGAAAACAGUGCGCGCCCGCCUUGUGUCCAUCGUGAUUAACCGUACGGUAUAUUUUAUAGUGAGUGUACCCCCGUUACCAAAAGCCCACUGUCUUACAUUAUUCUACCACUCGUUGACUAUUGUGUUUGUAUCACUUUUGGAAGUGAGUCGUCGUCUCCGAGUCAGGGUUGUUUUAGCAGGGCGUUUUAGAAGUUAUGGUAUUUGUCUGUUUAUAUUGCCAUCUUCAUGUUCUUGGUAUAAUAUGUAUUGAUCGAUGUUUGAUACUGUUAUUUUUUAUACUCCAAAAAGUGAUAAAGAAAUGAAAAUCAAAGUUUAACACUACAAAUUCAUGUAUACAUGUAGUUUUAAGCAAUUUUAUUUUACCCAUGAUGAUAUAGCCAUACUAUUGGCAUGAAAUUAUUUAAUCUCUUUGGUAAAUCAAAAUUUUAAUCCACGUUAGAUGAGGGUACAGUGAUGGAUCCCGAUGAAAGGGCACAAGCUCCCCCUCCCUCCCAAACCCCAAAGGAUUUUUUUGUGGGGGGGGGCUUGACAGUAAUAAAUAAAAAAAAUGGAAAAAUUACAACCCCCCCUUAGGCUCAACAUGCACACAAUGCACUCUUUUUAUUCUGAAAAUACACCCUUGCCUUGUAAAUCAUAUUUCAAAAGUAUCAUUAAGAAAAUCAUUUAAAAACACACCCCCCCCCCCUCUCUCUCUCUGAAUAUGUUUCUUUUUUCCUUGUUUCCUCACUCUUCUCUUUUUCUAGUAUCUCUUUCUCACUCUCACCUCUUAUAUUUCUGUCAUUUUUCUUCCCUCACACACAUACUCAAUUCUCGACCGCACAUAGGCCUAUCAAUUGAAAAUAAUGGGUUAAUCAGGCACAAAAAAGCAGUGUACUAGAUGGAAUUAAAUAGUGCUCCAAAUGGCAAGACAACUUUUAUUAACAACUGACAGUGGAUGAGCAUGCAAAAACAUAUAUACAUUAAAAAAACUGUACAUCUCAGUCUUGUGUGAAUACCUGACUUGUCACAAUUUACAUGAGGUAUAGGAAUGCUUGAAAUGUUAUCAUAUGGGCCCUACCACAUGGCCUAUGGUAACUACAUCAUACACUGUAGUACAAAUCACAAAGAUGCCUACAUUUAUAUCCUAUGAUGUAUUUCCCAGAAGUGUUGUAAUAAUAAUAUCAAACAGAAUAGUACUUGAGACACUUCUAACAGCUUUGGAAGAGAGAGAGAGAGAAAAAUAAGUUUCCAGGUAUCUCCACUUCGCCGUGGUGAAGCGCCGUGGUGUAGCGGUUCUGACUCUCGCCUUGUAAUCAGAGGGUCGUGUGUUCGAAUCCCACCAUGGCCUAGCGUCCUUUGGCAAGGCGUCAAUCCACAAUUUGCCACUCUCCACCCAGGUGUUAAAUGGGUACCCGGUAGGAUGCGAAAGCCUAUGUAGUAUGCCUAGCAAUUGAGUCUUAGAACUCUUGUUGGAAUGCUCCCCAGGGAGUGGAGAAGGUGCAUACAUUGUAUGCGGGCAUGCAAGGAUCCGAUGACCGGGUUAAUAAUAUAUCUGUAAAGCGCUUAGAGACGUCGUUCCGAUGUGUUAAGCGCUAUAUAAAUGCGGAAUAUUAUUAUUAUUAUUAUUAUUAUUUACCGGUGUUUAAAAGGAAUGUUUGUACAAACUUCUGUCUUCUUUACUACAUGUACUUCACACACAAAUUUAAAACUUAAAUCUUUCUAGAGAAAACAACUUAAAUGUUACAUACAAAAAUACAUGAAAAAAAUUAACCUUUUUUAUAGUAACAUAACAAGUUUAAGAAUAAACAUACUUUAUAAAACUUUGUUUCAGAAGUCAUUCAAGGUAGAAUACAAUCAAUACACUAUGCUUAAAAAAAUCACAUACUUUUCUACAAUAUACUGUAUUGUAAAAAGAAACAUAUACCAGUAGUCCAGUACAUUGGUUUUUCAGAUCAUAACGCAAAUGGUGUCAAUUCUCAAGUAGGUCUAUCUGCACUGCAUAUCUGGAGUAAAAAAGAAUACAUGUACACUUGCACACUUCAUAACUGUGACUGAGAAUGAUGUAUCCAAAGUAUUAUUUCUUCAUGUCACAAUGUCUACCUUCUAAGUACCAUCUUUAUUGAUACUGUACAUGGCAAGAUACCUCUUGUACUUGCAUUUAAAUUCUUAAAAGCAAGAAUUCUAGCACUAUCUUUGGCAAUUUCUUAUAAAUAGAAACAAAAUAAAAGAGGCAACUUAAAUGUGAUUUGAAUACACAUUUUUAAAUGCAAACUACAUAAAAGAAUAUAUCAUAUACAUUUUCUGAAAUAAAUUAUGUAACAAAAAUACAUAAACUGGAAAGAAGAGAUGUUAUUCACAUAUUCCCUUUUUGAUUCACACACAUGUCGGAGAAUAUUUGCUAGAAUAUUUCCUGAUAAAACAAGUAAUCCUAGAAUGUACUUUGGCAAAUUGCUUUUAGAUACAAAAUAAAUAGUAAAGUGAAUGAGCUAUACAUGCAUACAUCUCUUUGUAAGUCACACAUGAAACACAAUUUGGACAUCAUCAUGUGAGGCUUGAACAAUAACACGAAAGAAUGAAAAAUAAUAUGACCGUGAUGCAUAUUCUAUAAAAUAUAGAAUAAAACUGAAGCCACAAAACCAAACAAUGGUUAAAUAUAAAACAUCAAGCAUCAUAUUUCCAUAUCUUCGUAUUCAGAGUCUGUGCUUUCUCUGUCAUAUUCUUUUGACAGGAUAUCAACUUCCAAGCCACUUUCAAUAUUUUCAUCAUAAAGGAUACUUAAAGUACUGCUCACAAUAGAAUCAUCCUCAACAUCAUCAUCACCAUCAUCAUUGUUAUCAUCAUUACCAGCAUCAUCGCCACCAUCAUCACAAU